UUAACAGUAAACAUUUAACAUUUAACGAGUAAGGAACUCAACAACAGACAAGUUGGGAAAUCUUACGAAUGCUUCAACAAAAGGAUACAUUAUAAGAACAGAAAAAAGAACAAGUGAAUACUAUAAUAACUUAUUAAUAGAUCUACAAACAUAUUGAAAAAAAGUCGCAAUAACAUUCUGAAGAACCUUCAACCAGCAGUGAUUUGAAGUGACAAUGAUAAUACGCCUGUGCUAUGGCAGACGAGUACAAGCUUCUUUAAAACUUAUAGCCUGCAUAUUGAUUGCAGUGUUUUAUUUUGGAUUCCUCUUUCGAGAAUCGUUAAAUGCUUUCGAACAGAAUAAAGAUAAAGCUGAAGCAGCAGCGGCAGCUAUAGGUUUAAUACAAACCAAUAAAGCAGAGCCCAAACUAUCCUUUAGUAGUAUCAAACACUAUCAGAAGGAUUUGUUUAGUAAGGCAGAUGAUUAUAGUGCUGUUAAAACUACCUUACCACCUAUUGUCACCAGUACUUUAAAUCCAGUUUAUGAGUAUUCCGAAGAAAUUCAUAGUGCCACCGAAAAGGAUUUGAGGAAACGCCGUAAACACGCUCAACAAGUUUGUAAGAAAUAUAAUUUACAAACCCUUUACCCACCGAAUCCCAGAGAGUUUUUCAUAUCGCCCGGCCACAAUUUGGUAUGGUGUAAUGUUUUUAAAGCGGCCAGCAGUACGUGGAUGUAUUAUUUUAAUAUAUUGGGUGGCUAUGAUAUCAAGUAUUUACAACGCACCGAAUUCCAACCAUUAGAAUUGGCACGAAAACGUUUUCCCAGACCUUAUAUGCAAGAUCUGGCAGAUGCUUUAUCUUCGUCUUUAUCAUUUCUUUUCGUGCGUGACCCCUUCGAACGUAUUGUUUCGGGCUAUCGCAAUAAACUAGAGGGUGGCAAGAACACCUACUAUAAAACAUUGGCUAGACGUAUCAUUUCUAAAUUUCGUAAGCAUCCUAUAGCCGGAGGAGGAAGAAGCAAGUCAGGACCUACAUUCAAUGAAUUCGUACAGUAUCUAAUCGAUCAGCAUGAACAAGGCAAACAAUUUGAUGAACACUGGUCACCAAUCUAUAGUUUUUGUACACCCUGCAGUAUAAACUUUACAAUCAUAGGAAAAGUAGAAACCUUUAAUAGAGAUUCGGAAUUUAUUAUAAGACAGGCAGGUUUAGAAUCCCUAUUAUUGGGAACAUUGCCGAAAACUUUAAGCCGGAAAAUUGGCAAUUUAUCUAAGGGAGCAAGAACCAAUAUAUCUUUGGAAAAAUACUUUGCCGAAAUUAAUCGCUCAACUCUAGACCAAUUAUUAAAAAUUUACAAAUUAGAUUUUGAAUUAUUCGAUUAUGAUUAUACAAAAUAUUAUAAUUAUGUAAACAUGGAUACCGAUACUCUAUACCCGACCACUUUAAAAACUCAAGAAAGUUCUACAAAAACUGAAACUUAAGCAAAAUUAUUGAAAUUAACAACCAAAAAGUAUUAAAAAACCAAAAUAUUUUCAUAAAUUCUUUUUUACAACCAAACUACACCCACCCAAGUACCUCUCUUCAGAAAAACAACAAAGUAUUUAUAAAUAUUAAAAACAAAAUUACAAGUUUACGAACCAAAGAGCAAUCGAAACAUAAAAAAUCUUUUGUAAACCAAAAACAAACAAAAAAAAGCCAAAUUCAAAAAGUUUUCCACAAGUUAAAGAAACAAAUCCAAAAACAAAACAUGGCCAAAGACUAAUCUUAGUUUUAUAUAAUAAUUCUAACAAAUAAGUUUUUUUUUUUAAAUAUAUUAAGUUGUAAUUCCUGAAAACUAUUUUUUUUUUAUAUAGAAAAACAUAUUAUUUUAAAUAUUUU